AUGGCCACUGAAGAGACCAAGGCUGCACCUGCAUCUCGCAGUCGUGUGUUCUUUGAUGUGCACAUCGGUCAGCGAAAGGCUGGGCGCAUCAUCAUGGAGCUGUACAAUGAUGUAGUGCCCAAGACUGCUGAGAACUUCCGCUCUCUCUGCACAGGAGAAAAAGGCAUUGGCAAAACCGGCAAGCCCCUUCACUACAAGGGCUCCGAGUUCCACCGUGUCAUCAAGCAGUUCAUGAUCCAGGGCGGCGACUUCACUGCAGGUGAUGGCACUGGUGGCGAGAGCAUCUAUGGCGAGAAAUUCGCCGACGAGAACUUCGAGCUGAAGCAUGACCGGCCAUUCCUCCUGUCGAUGGCAAAUGCAGGACCUGGCACAAACGGCUCGCAGUUCUUCAUCACUACCGUUCCGACCCCUCACUUGGACAACAAGCAUGUUGUCUUCGGUGAGGUCCUAUCCGGCAAGUCUGUCGUACGGCAGAUCGAGAACCUGCGCACAGCAAGCGGCGACAAGCCUGUGCAGCCCGCACGGAUUGUCGAGUGCGGUGAGCUAACAGGAGAGGAUGCCGUGGCCAUCGCCUCGCAGUCGGGAAAGCCUGACGCGCUGGGCGACGCCUACGAGGACUUCCCCGAGGACGAGCUAGAGAACCUGAAGAGGCAGGGCCCCGAGGGUGAGAGCGUGGAUGCUAUCCCCGCCGCCAAGAUUGUGCAAAUCGCCACCGAGUGCAAGGACUUUGGUAACAAGGCCUUCAAGGCGGGCGAGUUCGCCUCCGCCCUCGACAAGUACGAGAAAGGCCUGCGGUACCUGAACGAGGACCCAGAUCUCCCCGAAGGCGACGAGGGCAAGGAGCUCAAGGCGAAGGUGGACGCGGUGCGGUUCUCACUGAACAACAAUGGCGCGCUCAUGAACAUCAAGCUGAGCAACUGGGACGAUGCCGCUAGGAUGGCUCAGUCCGCUCUGCUCGUUGCCGGUGUCAAGGAUGCCGACAAGGCCAAAGCGCUAUACCGCCGGGGUUUUGCGCUGGUCCGCCUCAAGGAUGAGGACGCCGCCGUGGACGCCUUGACGGAGGCAAGCAAGCUAGCGCCCGGUGAUGCCGCCAUCACCAAGGAACUUAGCGAUGUCAAGAAAAACAUCUCGGCACGUCUUGCAAAGGAGAAGGCUGCGUACAAGAAGUUCUUCACCUGA